CGACUCCCUGUUGUGCUCCAGAGCUUACUCACUGCCCGAGUACGCAAUGUCCCCGUGCCCAACCUGCUGAUUCUCGUGAUAUUCGCCUAUUUCCUCGCCAGGCUCACUACCAAAUACCACCAGCUGUACACCAAAUCGUCUCUUGUCGCCACUAUGGCCACCAACAUCGUUCUGUACGGCAUUGCAGACACAUUGGCGCAAUCCAUCACCGCGUACUGUCAACAGACGUCGUUCCAGGAGCGCAAUUUGCCGUACAACAUCGCCACCUAUCUAGAGACACUGGUUCCGAGAAGGCCGGAGGACUAUUUUGUUGACUACGGCGAGGACGGCGAGAUCUCCGUGCACCAGGUCGAAGAGACAACAGAGUCGUCCUUACCAACGUUCCAGGUACGCCGAUUUGCAGGCUUUGUGUUCUGGGGCUUCCUGAUGUCGUUUGUCCAGGUGGUGUGGUAUUCGUUUCUGAAUGCCAUGUACAAAGACGUGCCGACGUUUGUGAGCGUGCUGGAACGCGUGCUGACCGACCAGCUGUGUUUUUCGCCCGUUUCGCUUGCCUGUUUCUUCACGUACGGCACGCUGGUGAUCGAGCAGGGCAGUGUCGACGACGUUAAGGAGAAGCUGUACAGGGUGUAUCUGUCGACGUUGGCGUGCAACUUCUGUCUGUGGUUCCCCGUGCAGUUUGUGAACUUUUUGGUGAUGCCGAAAAGCUUUCAGGUGCCGUUCAGCAGCGGCGUCGGCGUGCUGUGGAACUGUUUUCUGUCCUUGAGGAAUGCUACCAGCUAGAUAAAAAAUUUGCCGCGCCGCCGCACGCAGCAUUUUCUAGUCCACCUUCCCACCCGCGCGGUAGACGCUGAGACAUGUAUUUGAGAAAAAGCACAUCAUCUUUUCCUCUUUCUCAUUCCAAUAAUGGCUGCCCAAGUCGACCAAUUGACCGACAAGCGUGUGAUCAGCUCGAUCGACCUUUUUUCUGCGCCCAGCGCCCCUCUGACGGGCGAAAACAUCGACAUCGACGUGGCUGCCACCAACGGCGACAUCAGCGCUCCCUUGGAGCCCAGAAACGCGCCCAGCACCUCGAGCACGAGCACGCUGCUCAAGGAUGAGGAGUACCCCACCCAUUACAACAUGGAGUCUGCCAUAGCCAACAUGUAUCCUGGCGACGUUGGUCUGGCGUGUCUGCCGGUUCUGAAGCGUCUCCAUGCGCUCAAGAAGGGGGCUCAUUUUACCAUCAUGAUGGUUGGUGAGUCGGGCGUGGGAAAAACCUCUUUUAUCAACACCCUGUUCGACACGGUUGUCACAGAGCCCACCACCCGUCUGGGCGGUAGCCCUAACAAGACCACCGAGAUAGUCUCACACAAAAUCGAGCUCGUCGAGGACAACUUUCUGCUCAGGCUGAACGUGAUCGACACGCCUGGUUUUGGCGACUACAUCGACAAUAGGUACUGCUGGUACCCCAUAGUCAGAUACAUCGACGAACGGUACAGACGGGCCGUUUACCAGGAGAACCAGCCUGAUAGAACCAAAACCUCCCACUCGGAGGUCCACGUGUGUCUGUAUUUUAUUGUUCCCUCUGCAACGGGACUGACGCAGGUCGACAUCGAGGCCAUGAAGAAUUUGUCUACCAGAGUCAACUUAGUUCCUGUUAUUUCGAAGGCGGAUGCGUUCACGGUUGACGAGAUCAACGCUUUUAAGCAGAGAGUCAGGAAAUCUCUCAAGGAGCACGAAAUCUCGAUCUGUGAGCUGUUUGACAAGACUGGUGCGGCUAACCUGAUUGGCGAGAUGCCGUUUUGCGUGCUGAACUCGCAGGGCUCGUUUCCGAACGCCAAGGGCCAGCUUGUCCGCGGCCGGCAGUACAAUUGGGGGCUUGCCGAGGUGGACAACCCGGCACACUGCGACUUUGUGAAGCUGCGCGAGUUUUUGAUGGGCACCAACAUGGCUGACCUGAUCUCGUCCACGGAGAACUACUACGAAAACUAUAGGCGCGACUUUAUGCGGUACCGGCUGGGCAAGGCGAUGGAGAUGACCAUCAGCCCCGAGGAGCUGGCUGCUCUCAACGUCGAAAACGAGAACGGCGAGACGAUUGUGCCGGACAACAAGGGCAGCUGGAAGACUGUGCAGGUUGAAGAUGGACAGACACACCCGAACAUUCAGCAGGUAAUCGAGUCGAAGCCGAGCGUGGGCGUACUCAAGAUGCUCAACACGCUGAACCUGCGCGAGACCGAGCGGGAGCUGGUGGAGAUGAAUCCUGCGUACCUGGACAGCGAGAAGACGAUGAAGAAGCGGUUCACGGAGAUUGUGCAGGCGCAGAACCAGAAGUUCAAGGACUGGAAGCGUGCUCUGUUCGAGAGACAGGAUAAGUUCAACAAGGACAUCGAGCAGAUCCACAAGCGGCUGGUUGCUUUGCAGGACGAGAUCAAGACGAUCGACGAGAGGUGAUGGAUGACAAUCGCCGGGUUAAUUUGUAGCGAGAAUACAGUUUAG